AUGGCAAGCUCAACUUCCGGUCUAGACCCGCGGGCAGCUUCUCAUUUGUCGCGCAACAAUGUCAAUCAUUCCUUGACAGCUCUUCAAGGUGCCGUCAAUGCGUUUCAUAGGAGUCCGUCAAGAGGUGUUUCACCCGCUGCUACCCAUAGAACCGGCAUGGCCAUGGAUAACAACCGUGGCCCCGAGCCGCCUCAUUCCGAGGCUGAUACGCCCGAAAUUGGCUCGGUAAAAGACAAGAUAGGGAGGUUUGCGGCACAGUCGCAGCCUCCCAAAUUGCCCGUGAGAAUUCAAAGCAACAAAACAAUCACCAACCAAAGGUCUAUGCAUCAGAUCGCCGCUCAGCUGGCUGCAGAGAAAUCCGCGAUGGCAAGCGAGAAGAGAAACCCUUCCCCGACGCCUAGUAUGCGUUCGGUGCAACAUGCGAAUAGGGCGCCGACUAUACCCCGCGACCAGAAUCAGCUGGACUUGCUGACAGGGAACUCUAUGGACGACCUGACGACAAGCACCAGUUCUAUGCCAAACAUCUCGGCAGAUGAGCAAGGAUUGCCAUCCAGAAAGGGUUCUAUUCAACGAAAGCCAAUAGGGGAGGUUUCCCCUUCAGUGUCCGAGCCCAUACAGGCGACUGUAGCGAAGCCCCGUCCCGUUCCGCCGGUGCCACGGAAACCUCGACUGAACGCAAUCGACACCGCUCUUCCUAUCCAGCACCAAACGCGAACUCCCGAGCCGUCUUUAACCUCCAGUGCAUCGGUUCGCUCCAAAGCUUCAUCCACCUUUUCCAAUGGGAAAGCGCCGCCACUGCCUGCGCGACCGGGCACUUGGUCAAGCCAGGGACCACGAGACCACCGAAAGCUCCUAGAUACCCGUGAUUCCCCAAGACGACCCAUAAGUCCCAGCAUGGCCUCUGUGUCUGCUCGCUCGCUCAACACCAGCAACUCGAGUUUACUCGAUAUGGACGAAGAAGCUCUGUCGGAUGCUAUAGUCGCGUCGUCGUUGGCUUCCAGUCGGGCACCACCGCCCAGGAAAGUUCCACCCACUCCUCCACCGCAGCGCCGGCCAAGGUCUCGUUCAAUCUUACGCCUGCAGCACUCGGGCAGGAGUGAACAUUCGAUUUCCUCCAGCCCCCCGGGCACCAUGCGGCAUACACUCCGCGACUCGGUCAAGUCCGACGACGAGGAGGCCCAUAAUCAGCGACACAGGAAACAUCUUGUUCGUAAACAUCCCCACAAGCACCACGAGGGGGAUCGAAAACGGUGGCGGAGCGAAAUCACGGAAAAGGAGCGGAAACGAUACGAGGGCGUCUGGGCCGCCAACAAGGGGUUAUAUGUGACCCCGUGCCAACUGGAUCAGCAAUCCGCACCACAGGAUCAAGCGUCCGACGGAUAUCCCGCGAACGCGUCGGACAUGGUGGUGAACGUCGUGGUUCGCGAUAUCUGGUCUCGCAGCCGCUUACCGGCCGUCAAUUUGGAGCAGAUCUGGGAUCUCGUCGAUCACCAGAAGAUAGGGAUCUUGAAGCGGGACGAGUUUGUUGUGGGAAUGUGGUUGAUUGAUCAACAAUUGAAGGGCCACAAGCUGCCCCCUAAGGUGCCCGACAGCGUUUGGUACAGUGUGAGGCGAGUGCCCGGCGUGACGCUGUCGCAGCAAAGUCUCAUAUAG